AGCGUGAGUGGGUCUGUAUCUUGUAAAUAAAGAAACAUUGCAAUUCUCGUUAGCGAAAAUAACCAGAUAACGGCUGAUUAGAUUAAAGAUUGGAAUUGGGAAGAAGAAGAGAAAGAACUCUGCACAGUAUGGCGAAUACGGUAAUUGUUCAACAACCAACAGCAGCUGCUGUUCCCGAUAAUCAGCUGAUGGUGACAGACAUUACAGGUCGUAGAGAGUGGUCUACGGGUCUGUUUGACAUCUUCACCAAUGUCGAAAAGAGCUUACUCACAUACUUCUUUACACCAUGUUACAAGUAUAAAUUGGCGACCAGGACCGGCGAGGGUUGCUGUUUGGCUUUCUGUGUUACUGGAGCAAUGACCAUCCUGAGGAGCAGAAUAAGGACCAUAGGAGGGAUCAGGGGUUCCGCAACAGAGGACUUUUUGGUAGUAAGUUUCUGUCAACCAUGUGCAAUGUGCCAGAUGGAUCGAGAACUUGACCGCAUGGGUGUUCCAUAAUUUUGAACAAAGAAGUUUACUCUCUUUCAUACACUUCUAAUUUUUAUCUACAAUAACUGAAAUUUUUAUUCCUAUCUGAUUGUUAUUAAUUCUUAAUUAAAACAAAAUUGUUCUCCAAAUAUUUUUGAUAACUUUAGAAUAAAAUUAUGUUCAUUGCA